AAGAGUGGCUGACGAGGAAGAAGGUGACGACCACGACGACGAAGAACAUAGAGACGAGGACACAGCGGCAGGUGGUGCUGGAGGACGGGCAGGUGGUGGAGGACUCUGGCCCCGUCGUCACCACUGACUGUAAGGAGGACACGGUCACUCAGGAGGUGCAUGCUGAUGAGAACCUACGUCCCGAGGGGCAGGAGGGAGGAGCGGACGAGACCCCAGGGGAGAACUGGGUACCUGUAGGAGGCGCUGUAGUAGUGUCCGAGAAGACUGAACACAUCGUUAACUCACACCAGGUGGCUGAGAAUAAGCGAGAGACGGAGGAGGUCACACACUGCGGUGACGUCACUAACAAGGUCAGUUUGAGGUCAUAG